GUUGCGCGAGGUCGCCGCUGCCGCUUCGAGAAAAACAAAAACAGUCGCGAGCGUCGGGCGCGCGGCGCCGCUCGGACCGGAUCGCGGUAACGGCGCAGGCGCAGCCAGGCUGGUCCGGGCCGGGGGAGGGGGUGUCGUCAGGGCCGGGACCCAGUGACCGGCCAGCCGUCGAGCUCCGGUUGCCUCUCGUUUCCUCUCCCUUACUCCUCCCUCCCUCCUUCCUCCCUUCCCUUUCGCUCGCCUUAUAAUGGAGCAAUGUCUCAACGUGGAGAGGGAGCUCGAUAAAGUUCUGCAGAAAUUCACCUCGUACGGGCAGCAUUGCGACCGGACUCUGGAGGAGCUGAUCGAAUACACGAGCGGUCUGAGGCAAGAACUGAGCCAGACCGGUGGUCAAGAUGUUGAGUUGUCGGGGACCUUGUCGCUUGUUUUGUCACAGUGUUGCAAAAGAAUAAAGGACACAGUUCAAAAACUGGCCUCUGACCACAAGGACAUUCACUGCAGUGUUUCACGUGUUGGGAAAGCCAUUGACCGGGUCUUUCGGCAUGUUUCUCCAUUCUUUAUACUUACAGUUGAUGCCAAAUACUGCUCCUUUUAUCCACGAAUGGGACAGAAUUUUGCUACUAAUCAGAAUUUUGAUGCUGAUAUCAGUGGAGUGGCAAUAGAUGGAUGCUGGCAAACUGAUAGCCAGCGACUUCUCAGUGAAGUGAUGGUGGAACAUUUCUUCAGACAAGGGAUGCUUGAUGUGGCAGAGGAACUCUGUCAGGAAGCUGGCUUGUGUAUAGAAGGAAACCAAAAGGAACCUUUUGUGGAAUUAAAUCGAAUUCUGGAGGCACUCAGAAUAAGAGAUCUAAGGCCUGCACUAGAAUGGGCAGUUUCAAACCGUGAGAUGUUGAUGGCACAGAAUAGUUCUCUAGAGUUCAAACUGCACAGACUAUUUUUUAUAAGUCUGUUAAUGGGCGGUACAGAAAAUCAGAGAGAAGCACUUCAAUAUGCAAAGAACUUUCAGCCAUUUGCUUUAAAUCACCAGAAAGAUAUCCAAGUGUUAAUGGGAAGCCUUGUCUACUUGAGGCAGGGAAUAGCAAACUCUCCCUAUGUGCACCUCUUAGAUUCUAACCAGUGGGCUGAUAUCUGUGAUAUCUUCACCAGGGAUGCCUGUUCUCUACUUGGUCUUUCAGUAGAAUCGCCUCUGAGUGUCAGCCCAGCAUUUCUAGGACUGCUGCUGACGCAUAUAUCAGAUCAUCGGUCACAGUUAUGUUGGAGAUUACAAUUUUUUUCAGCAGGGUGUAUUGCUUUGCCAGCUCUCAUAAACAUUAAGGCAGUCAUUGAGCAGAGACAGUGUACUGGAGUAUGGAACCAGAAAGAUGAGUUGCCAAUUGAAGUCGACCUUGGUAAAAAAUGUUGGUAUCACUCAAUAUUUGCCUGCCCAAUUCUUCGACAACAGACUACAGAAUCCAAUCCACCAAUGAAACUUGUAUGUGGCCACAUAAUCUCCCGAGAUGCUCUAAACAAAAUGAUCAAUGGAAGCAAGUUAAAAUGCCCGUACUGUCCGAUGGAGCAAGCACCAGCAGAUGCUAAGCAGAUUUUCUUUUAAAGAUACUGUGAUUUGAGAAGUGGCUUCAGAAUUUCGGGCAGUGCAAACUGCAGCAGUUUAUUGUUCUGUUGGACUAAUGCUUACUAAAUUGUAGAGCGGUGUUUACAUGCCGGUGUGUUUUUGAGAAGGAGAAAAAAGGAAAACUACUGGAUAUAUAUUAGUUGCAAUAGGGCUUUUGAACUUGGUCUUGAUAUUUGAUCAAGUGGAUACACCAGCAGUCACCAUUUCAUGCAGUUAUUUUAUAUUGAGAAUACUAGCAGAGCAUUUUUUUAACUUAAAGGAAUAUAAUCACAAAUGAGCAAUGCAUUUGAUAUGACUCUUCAUAAUAUUAUUGUCAUUAUGAGUUAAAUUUGAUUUUUUUUAAAGUUAUCAAUGUGAUCUUUAUUCUUUAAAAAUAUAGAAAAACUGACUAUGAGUAGACAAUAACUACUGGUAACGUUUGCAUACCUUUCUAUGUUGGUUUGACUAGGUAGCUUUGAUAUAUUUUCACUUUUUUUGGUCAAAAUUUGACGUAAAGCUCAGCUCAAAUGUUGACUGAGCAUAUAUUAAGCUCCCAGGGUUUAUUUAAGGUUUUUUUGUAAAUUUAAACAGCAUUUGCAUAGAAUGUGGAUUAGUAAAGUAUUGGCAUGGGGGAAGAAUCUGUGCAUGAAGGAUAGGCGUGUAUGAUUUUUGCUUCAUGUAGAUAAUUUAGUUACAUGUAUGGUACCAUGUCCAAUACAUAAUUAUAAAAUUGAAAAAUCUUAUUAAACACAAAUUGUAUACCAAAUGUUUAUUUAUUUUGUCACUGAGUUGAAGAGUUGUCUAAUUUGUGUUGUAUUAUAUGAAGAGUGAAAUUUAAUUUUAAUUACUACAGGUCCUGUUAAGUAUAUUGAUUCUGCUUCAUUAUAUAAAGUAAUACUAAAGAAUGCACUUUGGAAAGGAGUUCUGAAAUGCUUGUAUAAUUCUGAUACUUGUGAAAUUUAACAUUUUUUCCUGAUCCAUCAUCCUUGUUGCAGAUCACUGCUGUUAUUCAAGUUGUAUAUUGUCAUUAUGCAUUAAAUGCCAAAUAUCUCAGAUGCAAAAAUAGCAUUUUGAGUUU